CGAAAGCCGUUGUGAAAGGGAAAGGAUCCGGAGCAGGAUGAAAAUGGUGAUAGGCCAACUGGAAGGCAUCUUGCAGGAGCUCAAGGAGGUGGCCAAGGAGCUCCGGGAGGAGCUCAGCCAGAUCGACCUCCUCACCUCCUCCUUCGACCUGGAGCCGGAGCCCGACGCCUGGACGCCGGCCACGGGCAGCAGCACCUCCAGCAGCGACAAAGUGGGGGUGCCCUUCGAGCUGGGCCCCCUGGAUUUCCCCACCUCCGACGUCCUUUCCGACAGCUGGGAAUUCUGCUCUUUCCUGGAACCCCCCAGCCCUCCCGAGCCCGGCGGCGACGCUCCCGACCCUUCGCGGCCUCUUCGCCACCCGCUGAUGAACGGGGGGGUCCCCAUUGCCAACGGGCCCCAGGGUGGGGGGACCCCGGAUUCAUCCAACGAGGAGACCUUGGGCCAGAAGAUCCCACCACCCCGAGCUCCCGGGAGCAGGGAACGGGUCCGGUUCAGCGACAAGGUGCUUUACCACGCUCUGUGCUGCGACGACGACGACGACGACGACGGGUCCCCAGGAGGUGAGGGCCCCGAGGAACCCAACAAAAAGGGGUUGGUGGGGCCACCUUCCAAGCAUCCUGCCACCUCUGGGGGUGUCGGGGGGACUGGGGGCCCCCCGGGGCGGCGGCUGACGAGGAACAGCAGCACCCAGACCGUGGCAGAUAAAAGUACCCAGACG